AUGUCCAGCCCAGUGCCCCAGCCUGCUCCCUCAGGCACUCAGGUCCAGCCCGGGCGCUUGGGCUCCUGUCCGGCGCCUGUUUCCCCGGUAGUCUCGCACCGCCUAGCUCCGGGACGCCUGGAUUCCUCCUUCUCGGUCGAGGCCAUCCUGGCGAGACCCAAGACUCAUGAGCAGGCUGCCACCUCUCUGCCGCUCUCUACCUGCACCAGUCUGAACUUCGGCUCUGUGUCACAGUACUGGUUCCUGCCCUGGGUGUACUCUACAGGGACUUGGCUGCCCGCCUACCUGAGCGUGGGCGGCUACCCGCUGUGCGCCACAUCUUGCAUGCCCGGACUGAAUGUGACUCACCUCCUCUGCCAACAGGACCUCAGCUUCACAGGCCCAGAGCUACCUUACUGUUUAGGCCCUCUGAAAUGGGCACCCACCGUGGACCUUCAGGACCACGGUACCAAGAGACACCAAAAGAGGGUUCGCACAAUGUUUAACUUGCAGCAGCUGGAAGAGUUGGAGAAGGUAUUUGCAAAGCAGCACAACCUGGUAGGAAAGGAGAGAACCCAGCUGGCUGCCAGGCUACACUUGACGGAGAACCAGGUGAGGAUCUGGUUCCAAAAUCGCAGGGUGAAGUAUCAGAAGCAGCAAAAGCUGAAAUCGCCUUCCUCCUUUGCCAUGGAAGAGCCCUCCAGCAGCUCAGAUGGCAACAUCCAGAGUGAAGAUGCUGAGUCAGGAGUUGGCAGUUAA